CCACGGCCGUCAGUCCACCAGCUCAAAAGCAACCCCGACCAUCCAGGGCGCUCUCAAUUCCUAUCAAUAAGCUUACCGCAAUGACUCAAGCAAGUGCCACAGCUCUCGCUGUCGCCAUGAUGGGCGCUGGCUACCUCUGCGCGCUCUGCUCCACACCUCCCAACCCAUCCCCCGACCGUAAAGACCGACACCAAACAGAUCGAAUCAGCUUCAUCGCAGGCUCGGGGACAACGAUCCUCCGUCGUAUCGCCGUCACUGCCAUCACAUACCAUGCCCUCCUCACCGCACUACCAUUUUACGCGCCCCAGCGAAUGGCGCAGGUGUGUCCGCGAUCGCACAAUCUCAACCCGGAGCUGUUCUCGUGGAGCGUCCCCGCGAUCGCGGGCAUCGUGCUGAUAUGCCUCGGGGCAUACAUCCGCCUCGCUGCGUACGGCAGACUCAGUCGCAACUUCACAUUUCAUCUCGCGGCCCCAGAUCACUUGGUGACGAGUGGUGUCUACGGUUGGAUGCAACAUCCGAGUUACACCGGGCUGGUGGUGAUUGGGUUUGGUGUCGUGUCGUUGUUUUUUCGAUGGGAUGCGGUGCCCGCGUGUUGGAUUUCCGAGACCAUGCUGGCCCGAUGGUCCGGGUGGGGGUUGGGUGUGCUCGGGACAUAUAUCUCGGGUGCAAGUUGCGUGCUGUUCAUGAGGGUGAAGGAUGAGGAGGAAAUGCUGAAAGGGAAAUUUGGAAAGGAGUGGGAGGAGUGGCAUCGGUCGACGAAGCGGUUUAUUCCCGGGAUUUUGUGAGGGUAUUUCUUAAUAUACAUCUUCUCUUGCACAGUGACAACACCUGAAAAUAACCCCAAUUGAUGAAUGUGCUCAUUGUGCAUGACACCCUUGGUCUCGCGCCGUCUCCAAGCUCAUAUCGUGCACCUGCUAUUCGAUGAUGAGACAGGGAACUGAUGCCUCCAUGCUUAUUUCUCGUGGAUGGCGGGCACCUCCUCGUGCGUGUGCACAUUAUUCAACGCAUCAAUAGUGACAUCAACACGGGGACCGGUAAAGUUCUUGCGUCCAUCGAUGAACCACUGGAAAACAGAGAUGAUAAUGAUAACCGCGAAUGCAGCAACAGCGUAGUCUGGAGAGUGGAUUAAUCUCACACUUUGGUACGGAGGGAA